AUGGAGAAUUUAAAAAAUAUUUGGAAACCAGAAUUAUAUCGUAUUCAAUUAGAAGCACCUACGCCUAAACGUUUAAUUUGUGAAAAUUGUCCGGACCGUCCAGAAUUUUAUGGUAAAGAAUAUCAUGGUAUUAUGGGACAUAAGGAGGCAUCGCUUUUACUUGAGAAUGAGCCCAACGGAGCGUUCUUAAUUAGAAAAGGCAAUCAGCACAAUGAUUUCUUCACUUUAACGUGGCGAUUCAAUGAUAAAAUACAUCACUACAAGCUGUACUAUGAUGGUACUCAUUACAUUAAAGAUAAAAGAUAUGACACAAUAUAUGACCUGGUAGCCGACGGCUUGAUCACAUGUCACAUGGAAAUUAAAGCUCAUCAUAUACUUGAAAUGAUCAAUUCUAGAACAAGUUAUACUGAUAGUCCUUAUGUCACUCUAAAUAGACGUAAGAUGAAUACAUUAUCACAGAUGCAUAAGGCAUCAAAUAGAUCAAGUCCAGUUAUUAAUAGAUUAGAAACAACACAAUCUGAUGUAACUGUGAAACAGAUAAACUAUGAUCUGACACCGACUAUAGAAGAUAUUCCAUUAUUGUACAAAUACUCUAAGGCGCACACAUUCAAAGUUCAUACAUUUAAAGGUCUUAACUGGUGUGAGUUGUGUGCAAAUUUCCUAUGGGGAUUUACUGCACAGGGUGUUAAAUGUGAAGACUGUGGCUUCAUAGCACAUUCAAAAUGUUCAGAGAGAGUUCCCAACCAUUGUCUGCCAGACUUGAAGAAACUUCGUGGUGUAUUUGGUAUUGAUUUGACUACGUUACUGAAUGCCCACUCCAGUACGUUACCAUUUGUUGUGAAGAAGUGUGUGAAUGAAAUUGAAGCUCGCGGCAUGGACUCUGAGGGGAUCUACCGUGUGUCCGGAUUUGCUGAUGAGAUUGAAGCAUUGAAAAUGGCCUUCGAUAAGGAUGGCGAAGCGACGGAUUUAAGUGUUUACAGUAACAUAAAUGUGAUAGCGGGUACUUUAAAAUUAUAUCUGCGGUUACUUCCUGUGCCACUUAUCACGUACGAGGUACAUCCUAAACUCGUAAGUGCCAUACAAAUGAAGACAACGAGUCUUCAAGUGACAAUGUUACGCGAGUGCUUAGACCUGCUGCCGCCGGCGCACUUCAACUGCUUGCAGUACAUGGUGCAGCAUUUACAUCGCGUGUCUCAACUAGCGGAGGUGAACAAAAUGAGUGCACACAACUUGAGCACUGUUUUCGCGCCAACUUUAGUAGCAACUCCACAGGCAAUUUCUGAUUUGGCGUCAGAAAUACGAGCGUUACAGACCCUUAUAGAAUAUUGUCCACAGAUAUAUUAUGGAAAUAAGUGAAUGUAAUUCCAAAUUAAUGUCUAAAUCUUGAAAACAUAUGUAACUCAAAUUCCAUACAAGGUCA